AUGGGAAAUUGUAGUUGUCGCUCAAAUAUAAAUAAUCAACUUGAAAGUGGUGAAGAACAUGGUACGCAAGACCAGCCCUCUACCACGGAAAAACGAAGUAGACCCUCUUCAAAGAAACCUGUAUUACCUACAUUACCAAUACCCGGAUUUAAUGAAGAUGAAAAUUUACGAUAUCCUCUUUAUGAUAAUGAUGACAUAAUCUCGCAUUCACAAUUACUACAUAAUAUACACAGAUAUAUAUGGCAAAAUAAUUUUAGUUCCCCUGUAGACGAUUUAUUAAGAAAAGGAAGUGCAAGAGUAUUAGAAAUCGGUUGUGGUGAUGGACUUUGGACUAUUGAUUUGGCAAAAGAAUUUACUUGGAGUCGUUUCACUGGUAUUGAUGCUCAUCAAAAAUUUGACCAAAGAGUUGAACAUACAAACGUUACUUUCUUAAAAGCUGACGUUUUGGAUGGUUUACCUUUUGACCCUGAUACUUUCGAUCUAGUCUUUAUGAGAUUCUUAUCUUUUAGUGAAAGGCAAUGGUUGGAAAAAGUCGCCAAUGAGAUAGUUAGAGUUUGUAAACCUGGUGGUUGGGUUGAAAUAAUGGACUGUACUAACCAAUACGCUCCAAAAGGUUCUGCCACAAGCCAAUUGGAGAUG